ACGGUGACUCGGGAGAGAGAGGGGAGGCAGGCAGUACUGGUCCACAGGGGCCCAUGGGCCCCAGAGGGAAAGAUGGACUAAAAGGAGACAAAGGAGAGGAUGGCACUCCAGGUACCUCAGGUCCCAUCGGACCAAGAGGCCCAAAGGGAGAGCAGGGAAUACAAGGUCCCCCUGGGCCACCUGGAGAUGUGACAACUGGAGAGAAACAGCUGAAAGGUGACAGAGGAGAAAAGGGAGAGGCAGGUGACCCAGGGGAGCACGGGGCUAAAGGUCAAAAGGGUGAACCAGGAGCUUCAGGCUCGCCAGGACCAAGCGGUCCUGAGGGGCCGCGUGGGCUACCAGGAGCCAGAGGUGACCCAGGCGAUAGGGGCAGUCCAGGAGACAAGGGAGAAAGAGGAGCGGCUGGAUUGGAUGGACGACCCGGUCAGGAUGGGAAACCUGGGCCGCCUGGAGCUCCUGGAUUACGGGGUGACCCAGGAAAACAAGGGGAUCCUGGAAAAGAUGGCUUGGCGGGACUAAGAGGGCCUCAGGGGCCUCCAGGACCACCAGGAGCUAAUGGCACACCUGUGAGUAAUAUCACAGCUUAA